AUGGCUCGCGGAUCUUCCGUCUCGCUGCGCUUUCCGUCACACCUCGCCAUCUAUGUGCUGCUCGCCAUCUCCCUCUCCGCGUUCUGUGCCGCACAGCUUGACGAUGGCGCUGCCGCAUUUCCCGCUGAGCCGCGUCGGCUCGGCGAUCCCAAGCUUCCGUUGGCCCUCGCGGCGGUCGAGGCGCUCCUCCGCCAGGCGCAGUUCGACGUCGCCGUAGGCGAGUACGAUCGCGCCGCUCGCCGCCUUUUUUCGCCCGUCGCCGAAGUGUCCAUCCCGGGCCGCCCACUGCAGCGCCUCGAAACCCUGGAGGAAAAGGCGGCGUUUCUCGAGUCGCUCGCGCCUGUUCCGCCCCCCUCCCCCUCCCCCUCCGCAAACGGUACUCUUUUGAGCCGUUUGUCCCCGGUAGUGGCCGCUUCGUUAAUUGAGCGCGCGGAGCUGUACGUGCCCAAGUACGAUCGCUACCUGGGCUACUCGCUGCUCACUUUCGGCCGCCUCCUGCAGGAAGACGCGGAGCAAUCAACCCAGCAGAUCUCGCUCGCCAAGCCUCUGCCUUCCCUCUCCGAGCCUGAGCGCUCCCUGUCCGAGCCUCUCGCCGAUCCGCACCCGGCCGACCUCAAGCUGCAGAUUCAGGAGGCUUGGGCGAAUUUCAGCCUCAACCUGGCGACUGCUGACGUGGCAGCCGCUGCGAGCAUCUUCGCUGACAACGUGACGCUGCUGCCACCUGGGCAUCCGAAGGUCAACCUGCCAGGGCCCCUGGACAAGCAGGAGUACCUGCAGCGACUGGUGGACUGCCACGUGGCACUAGAUGUGACUGUCGAUACCCUUCUUCUGGUGAAGCUGAAAUCCUCGCUCACGCCUGUCGUCCCUACGCCGCCCCCUACUCCCGAAGCUCUGCCUUUCCAGGACGCUUCCUCUGCCAUGCUCCGCGGCUACAGCGCCGCGGAUCUUCUGGGUGAUGACAAGGAGCUCAGCAAGCACAUGAGGGCGGGCUCUGUGCUGCAGAAGUGGGCGCGCGUCAACCUGCCCGACUCCACCCUUGCAGCGCCAGGCGCGCCCCUUGCUGCCUCUCGCCACCGCUGGUACUUUGAGUGGGCCAUCUGGAACUACCACAAGAUCCCUGCUGCUCAUGUUGCUGCGAUGUAG